CUCUCUCCAGGCCUUGGGGACCGGUCCCUGUCCUCCCUUGAGGACACGUGCCCCCGCGGGGAGGAGGACCCAGCCCAGGAGGCUGUGCAGGCAAUAAAAGCAGAUGCCGAGUGGGGCUGGGCCCAGGCGGCAGGUGCGGGAGCCGGGCCGCUUCCCGAGACACAGGAACGAACCCAGACGCUUUCCUGGCUGGAAAGCCCAUCAUGGGAUGCCCGACUGUCCUCCUCGCUGCGGCCCUGCUCACCCUCCUGGCUCCAGGGACCGGGGCUCCCAUCAGCAGGAAGGCCUCCCGAAAUAAGCUGCUGCUGGUGUCCUUUGAUGGCUUCCGAUGGGACUAUGACCAAGACGUGGACACCCCCAACCUGGACGCCAUGGCGCUCGACGGGGUGAAGGCGCGCUACAUGACGCCCGCCUUUGUCACCAUGACCAGCCCCUGCCACUUCACCCUGGUCACUGGCAGAUACAUCGAGAACCACGGCGUGGUCCACAACAUGUUCUACAACACGACCAGCAAGGUGAAGCUCCCCUACCACGCCACGCUGGGCAUCCGCACGUGGUGGGACAACGGCAGCCUGCCCAUCUGGAUCACAGCCCAGAAGCAGGGCUUAAGGACCGGCUCCUUCUUCUACCCGGGCGGCAACGUCACCUACCAGGACACGGCCGUGACGCUGAGCGAGAAGGAAGGCGUUCUGCACAACUACGCCGACGAGAAGGCGUGGAGGACCAACAUCGACACGGUGAUGAGGUGGUUCACGGAGGAGGGCCUGGACCUGGUCACGCUCUACUUCGGGGAGCCCGACUCCACGGGCCACAAGUACGGCCCCGAGUCCCAGCAGAGGCGGGACAUGGUGAUGCAGGUGGACAGGACGGUGGGCUACCUCCGCGACCGCAUCAGGAGCAGCGGCCUGGAGGGCAGCCUCAACCUGGUCAUCACCUCCGACCACGGCAUGGCCACCGUGAACAAGAAGGCCCCGGACCUGGUGGAGUUCCACAAGUUCCCCAACUUCACCUUCAAGGACAUCGCGUUCGAGCUCCUGGACUACGGGCCGAGCGGGAUGCUGGUGCCCAAGGAGGGGCUGCUGGAGAAGGUGUACACGGCCCUCAAGGGCGCCCACCCCAGGCUCCACGUCUACACGAAGGAGUCCUUCCCCGCCUCCCUGCGCUACGCCAACAACCCCAGGAUCACCCCCUUGCUCAUGUUCAGCGACCCCGGCUACGUCAUCCACGGGAGACUGAACGUGCAGUUCAACAACGGGGAGCACGGCUAUCACAACGAGGUCAUGGACAUGAAGACCAUCUUCCGGGCCGCGGGCCCCAGCUUCAAGCGGGGCCUGGAGGUGGAGCCCUUCGAGAGCGUGCACGUGUAUGAGCUGUUGUGCAGACUGCUGGGCAUCGUGCCCGAGCCCAACGACGGCUCCCUGGGCGUCCUGCUGCCCACGCUGCGGGACCCCAGCCCCGGGCCGCCCAGCCCCCGGCCGCCCACGCCCCCCUCGGGGUCCGCCCUCCUGCCGCGUGGCUGGUCCCCCCUGGUGAUGGGACUCUCGGUGGCUACAGUUCUUCUGGCCAAGGUCGCAUAAUGCCGCUCAAGGCCCGCCUCUUCCAGGAAGCCUCCAGAAGCUGCCCUCUCACUGCGGGAGUCUUCUGGACACGGCUGAGCCUUGUCUCCCAACUUGACCACAGACGUCAGUGUCCCCACAGCCCAGCCCAUGCUCAGCCGUUGGUGCUACGGCCCCUGCCCAGGCCUGGGACA